AUGGCGCAAAGUCAGCUUUUCUCCCCAGAUGCCUUAGGGAGAAGAACACCGUCUUCUGAUAGACUGCAGGUUUGUGUUUCGGAAAACGAGCAAAUUUCCGACGAUGCAGAAAGUGAUUAUGAGCAAACGCCAAUUCAGGGCAAUAAAGACAAAAAUACGCCAAUAAGGGGCACAAAAGAUACGCCAAUACGGGGCACAAGAAAUACGCCAAUACGGGGCACUAAUAAUGCUUGUACGCCGAUUCAGGGCACUAAUGAAGAACCUCACUCUGAUGAAGGUUCGGGAAGAGAAUGGAGAAACGAACGAGUUAAUGCAUCCAAAAGUGAAAGUAGAAAGAGAAAGCGUGAGAAGGAGAGCGAUAGCGAUUCAGAAGAAUCAAGUUCAGAUGACAGCAGUAGUUCAAAUGAUUCCGAGUCAGAUUCAGAUUCAGAUAUAUUCAAUCCUUCACAGGUUUUGAAGAUGAAGGGAGAAAUGGUGCAGGUCGACCCCAGCGGUUUUUUCGGACAGGGCCCUCAAACAACAGAUACCAGUUUGGGGGCCACAACUACAGAGGACAACAGAGCCAGAGAGGCAGAGGUUCAGCAAAGUUUCCUCUUUCCAGAAAGACAGAAAAUCAGUAGAAAUGAAGACAACAAAACAGCGAUGACUUACAUCAACAAAAUGGGUGGAACAGUAUCCAAGAUGUGCAAUCAGUUAGCAUUAGAUCUCUGGGAAUGGUGUCUGAAAAAGAGUAUCUCAAUGAGAGCAGAAUUCAUUCCGGGAAAGGAAAAUGUCAUAGCAGACUGGGAGUCCAGACAUCACAAGGACUCAAGCAGUUGGGGGUUAGAUCCAUACAUAUUUCAAAUUCUAAUGAACAAAACAAUAGAUUGCAAAGUAGAUCUGUUUGCAGACAGAACCAAUGCAAAACUAGACAAGUUCAUCAGUUGGAUGCCAGAUCCAGAAGCAAUGGCACACAAUGCACUGUUGCAUCCCUGGGUGGGAAUAAGGGGGUAUGCAUUUCCCCCGUUUUGUCUCAUUUCUCAAUGUCUGAGCAAGAUUCAGAGGGAAAAAGCAACGAUUCUCCUAGUAACCCCAGCAUGGUCAGCCCAACCAUGGUAUGCAACGAUUCUGAAGAUGUGCAUUCAGGAUCCCAUUCUCCUCCCAAUAAUUCCCAAUCUCCUAAUGUCAGACAAGGGAGAACCUCACCCACUAGUGAGAAACAACUCACUCCAGUUAGUCGGAUGGGUUGUCUCAGGAGAUCCAUGCAAACAAUGCACUUAUCGCAAGAGACUGAAGAUCUCAUCUGUAACUCAUGGGGAAAGGGCACAACAUCUUCUUACAAUUCAGCCUGGAAAAAGUGGGUUAGCUGGUGUGUCAGAAGGGAGGUUGAUCCAUUUUCAGCCCCUAUAA